CCCUGCCCCAGCCAUGUCCGAGACCUACGACUUCCUCUUCAAAUUCCUCGUGAUUGGCAGUGCUGGAACGGGGAAGUCCUGCCUCCUCCACCAGUUCAUAGAGAGCAAAUUCAAGCAGGAUUCCAAUCACACCAUCGGAGUGGAGUUCGGAUCAAAGGUGGUGAAUGUUGGUGGCAAAACUGUGAAGCUCCAGAUCUGGGACACGGCUGGGCAGGAGCGCUUUAGAUCGGUGACGAGGAGCUACUAUCGGGGAGCAGCCGGGGCCCUGUUAGUCUAUGACAUCACCAGCAGAGAGACAUACAAUGCCUUGACCAACUGGCUGACCGACGCCCGCACCUUGGCCAGCCCCAACAUCGUCAUCAUUCUCUGCGGGAACAAGAAGGAUCUGGAUGCUGACCGGGAAGUCACUUUCUUGGAGGCCUCGCGGUUUGCUCAGGAGAACGAGUUGAUGUUUCUUGAGACCAGUGCCUUGACGGGUGAAAACGUGGAAGAAGCCUUCUUGAAAUGUGCCCGGACCAUCCUGAACAAAAUAGAGUCAGGUGAGCUAGACCCAGAGAGGAUGGGCUCAGGCAUCCAGUACGGGGACGCUUCCUUGCGACAGCUACGGCAGCCGCGUGGGACACAAACACAGACCAGGCAGCAGUGCAACUGUUAA